AUGUCUAAAACUCAGUUAUAUCUAUUGGACAUCAAAAUCGGUGAAUCGUGUUGGAAAAUAUGCCAAGACAUGGGAUGGUCAUUAGAAACGGUCAUAAGUCAAAUCAACACAGUUUUGAUGGGAGAGUCUUUUUCUAAUACAAAUGGAAAUCCGACUUGCAGGACAAUUCAUAAAUUCAAGGUGACAGGUGAGCCUCGAGUUGUAACAGUGAUUGAGAUAUCUGGUGGCGAAAUAAAGUUGGAAAACAUCAUCUCAAAUCUAUUUGGUCAUGGUUUGAAUGAUAUAACAUGUACACCCCUCACAGAUUAUGAGGUGUUUGCCCAGAGUGUGCUGGAUGUUGAUCCCGUUCUCUGUAAACCUUCUCCACGUAAACUGAACAAAAAGUACACUUACUGGAACGAGCUGACACUUGAUUAUCACGGAAUGAAAUGGGAAGAUUUUAAACAACUUUGGGCUAAAGAGGCGAGCACAGUCUUUGGCUUACGAACUGAGGUGGAUGCAAGCGUAGAUCUCUUCAAAAACAAAAAUUGUCGAAAGGUGACGGUUUUCACCAGUGUGGACGAUGCAGACGAUACAGACGGAAUGUUCAGCUCGCUUCCAUUGUUUACACAGAAUGGACAUAACGUUAGCAUAGUGUGUAAAGCUGUUCAGUCUCUUGACGAAUACUGCAAGCCGUGA